CGUAUGUACCUGGCCAAGGGAGGGGCAGAAGAGGGAGCUUGUGGAGGGCUGAUGUAGAUAACCCUUUGGAAGAGGCCGUGCUGAGUCGUGAAAUCUUCACUUCCUCUGUUCACUCUAAGUUCCCAACCACAAGUGCCAAAGCAGAGAAGCAGGCAGCACGCGACCUGACCCAGCAGCCACAGCCAGAGCACCAGCCAGAGCGCCAUGUACCUUGAGGUGAGUGAACGUCAAGUGCUAGAUGCCUCGGACUUUGCCUUUCUUCUGGAAAACAGUACCUCUCCUUAUGAUUACGGAGAGAACGAGAGCGACUUUGACUCCCCGCCCUGUGCACAGGACUUCAGUCUGAACUUUGACAGAGCCUUCCUGCCAGCCCUCUACAGCCUCCUCUUUUUGCUGGGGCUACUAGGCAAUGGGGCCGUGGCCGCUGUCCUCCUGAGUCAUCGCACCGCCCUGAGCAGCACGGACACCUUCCUGCUCCACCUGGCUGUGGCCGACGCACUGCUGGUGUUGACCCUCCCACUGUGGGCCGUGGACGCUGCUGUCCAGUGGGUUUUCGGCUCUGGCCUCUGCAAAGUGGCAGGGGCCCUCUUUAACAUCAACUUCUAUGCAGGGGCCUUCCUGCUGGCCUGCAUAAGCUUCGACCGCUACCUGAGCAUCGUGCAUGCCACCCAGAUCUACCGCAGGGACCCCUGGGUACGUGUAGCCCUCACCUGCAUAGUGGUCUGGGGACUCUGUCUGCUCUUUGCCCUCCCAGACUUCAUCUUCCUGUCGGCCAGCCAUGAUCAGCGUCUCAAUGCCAUUCACUGCCAGUACAACUUCCCACAGGUGGGUCACACCGCUCUGCGCGUACUGCAGCUGGUGGCUGGUUUCCUGCUGCCCCUUCUAGUCAUGGCCUACUGCUAUGCCCACAUCCUGGCUGUGCUGCUGGUCUCCAGGAGCCAGAGGCGCCUACGAGCCAUAAGGCUGGUGGUGGUGGUGGUGGUGGCCUUUGCUGUCUGCUGGACCCCCUAUCACCUGGUGGUGUUGCUGGAUAUCCUCAUGGACCUGGGAGUUUUGGCCCGAAACUGUAGUCUCCAAAACCAUGUGGAUGUGGCCAAGUCAGUCACCUCGGGCAUGGGCUACAUGCACUGCUGCCUCAACCCACUGCUCUAUGCCUUUGUGGGGGUCAAGUUCAGAGAACAAAUGUGGAUGUUGCUCAUGCGCCUGGGCCGCUCGGACCAGAGAAGGCCCCAGCGGCAGCCACCGUCUUCCCGGCGGGAAUCGUCCUGGUCUGAGACGACAGAGGCCUCCUACUUGGGCUUGUAACUCUGGGAUGAAACUGUAGCCUGUGCAACCUGAGUCCUAACACCGGCAGGCUCUUCUCCUCCUUGAGGCUGGGCUAGCUUUGACUCACCCAUAACUUUGCUGCUGGGCCUCACUGGCAGCCCAGCACCUCCAGGGCUCCAGAGAACCACUCUCCCAGCUCCAAGGACAGCGCCAUUACUGAGCCUCUUGCCAUUUCAGAGCUAGCUGCCUGGGAACCUCCCACCCUUCCAACUCCACCUUCCCUGUGUGAGGGGCGAGCGAGGUGAGGAGCAGAGAGAGCCGGGUCUUGCUCAUCACUGAAUGCGCCUAUGGUCCCCAGUAUCUCAAUAUCUGCCCACUUUUAUGUCUAAAACUCUGCUUAAACUUUCAAUAAACAAGAGAAUGAGGACCAGGGUGUAUGCACCGUCAUCAUUUGGGCCAGGCCUGACUGGACUCAGGAGUGUACUUCCUGCCUCAGCCUGCCUGGCCUACGGUCUGCCUUUCUGCCCUCCCGGGCUCUGCUGAGCCCUCUGAUGGACCCCCUGUUGCCUAGUGAAGCCGCUAGACACCUCCAUGGGCUUGUAGUGCAGUGGAUAGUUGAGCAGCUGGUUGUCUGGGUACACUUUGGAGCCACUAGACAGUAAUAGGCCAGAAUUCCUGAAUCCCAGCAGCUCAGGCCAGCAGGUAAGGAGUGGUAAAAAGGAACAAAUUCCAAGCAGUCUGUGCUA